CUGGAGGUGUUCAAGGCCUUGAUGGGGUUGGAUGGGGCCCUUGACAGGUUGGAUGGGGCACUGGUAGCCUGGUAUAAUAUUAAAUGUGGAGGUUGGUGGCCCUGCAUGCAGCAGGGGGGUUGGAGAUUCAUGAUCCUCGAGGUCCCUUCCAACCCUGGCUAGCUUUUCAUGCUGCUGUUAUGUAAAAAGUACACUUCUAGACUCUCCCUGAUUUGUCUGGAAGGAUUUGAAGCACAGGUUGAGCACAUCCUGGCAGGUCUGUUCAAUAGUCUAGAUCUGGAAAAGCCUUUUUUCCAUAAGCAUCUCACAGAGCUCCUAGGUUUUCUCAUUGCAUUGCAUAGGCGUGUGUGGAGUUAAGCUAGUAUAAUGCUUGAAGAGAAUGAACCUCGUGCAACUCGGCACUGUUUUUCCUUCUUGUGUUCCUCUCCUUGGAGAAAGAGAGCAGGAACCAGCCUGAGGCUCUGUGUAUUCCAGGGUUCACUUGCUGUGGCAGGAUCUCCCUGGGUUUUAUGCAGCUUCGUAGAGAAACGUUGUCCUAGAGAAGCUGGCAGCCUUUCACUUGCACUUGGUAAAGUGCUUGGUAAAGAACUGGCUGGAGGGCUGGGUCCAGAGAGUGGCAGUGAAUGGAGUUAAAUCCAGCUGGCAACCAGUCAUGAGUGGUGUUCCCUGGGGAUUGGUAUUUGGGCCUGGCCUCUUUAAUGUCUUCAUUGAUGACCUGGACAGUGGGAUUGAGUGGACCCUUAGUAAGUUUGCAGAUGACACCAAGUUGGGAGGAAGUGUCGAUCUGCCUGGGGGUAGGAAGGCCCUUCAGAGGGAUUGGGACAGGCUGGGCUGGGCUAAGGCCAAUGGGAUGAGGACCACCAACACCAACUGCUAGGUCCUGCACCUUGGCCACAACCCCCUGCAGUGCUAUAGGCUUGGGGCAGAGUGGCUGGAGGACUGUGUGGAGGAAAUGGACCUGAGGGUGUUGGUUGACACUCAGGUGAAUGUGAGCCAGUAGUGUGCCCAGGUGGCUAAGAAAGCCAGUGACAUCCCAGCUUGUAUAAGAAAUAGUGUUGUCAGCGGGAGCAGGGAGGUAAUCAUCCUGCUGUACGCAGCUCUGGUGAGGCCACCCCUCAGGUAAUGUGUUCCAUUUGUGCCCCUCACUGCAAGAAAGGCAUGGAGGCCCUGGAGUGUAUCCAGAGAAGGACAACAAAGUUGUGAGGUGUCAGGAACACCUCAACAGUUGAGUGAGCUGGGAUUGUUCAGUAUGGAGAGGAGGAGGCACAAGGGAGACCUUGCAGCUCUCUACAACUCCCUGAAAGGAGGUUGUGGCAAGGUGUUGGUUGGCCUCUUCUUCCAUGUAAAUAGGGAUAGGACUAAGAGGAAUAGGUUCAAGUUGUGCCAGGGGAGAUUCAGGUUGGAUAUUAAGAAAAAGUUCCUUCUCCAAAAGAGUGGUCAGGCACUGGAACAGGCUGCCCAGAGAGGUGGUUGAUACCCUGUCCCUGGGAGGUGUUCAAGGAAGGCAGAAAUUUGGCAAUGAGGGAGAUGAUCAGUGGGCAUGGUUGCACUAGAUGAUCUUGGAGGUCUUUUCCGAUCUUGAUGAUUCUAUGAUUCUUCGAUUCUGGCACUGAGACAACUCGUGUCUGGUGCAAACUCAGGUCAAACCAACUACCUGUGUUGUUACCUGCCCCUUUUGUUUGGACCUCUGCUGGGGCCAGUGAUCUGUAACACACUGAGCCUGUGAAGGAAUCCUCCAUAUGUACAGGUGCCUCUGGGAAGUUGGCAAGAGCUGAAGAGAUAGAAAAGGGCAGUGAGAUCUGGGCUUGGAUGGGAGGAAGUAUGUAGAGAGAAGUGAUAGUGGAAAUGAGUUAAAAAUACAAAAUUAGGUGCAGGACCUGUGAUGAUGCGGCUGUAGGCAUUUCAGUUUUCUUCUUCUUGUUGUGUGUGUGCGUUCUGUUGAUUUAAUCAGAAGUAUGGCUUGCUAAUAUGAGAGUAAGGAGGGGGCAGGAAAAGAGAUGUGCAGAAUGGAAGAAGCGUUCGUCACUAGAUGGCACCAGAAGUCUGUCUGAGAACGAUCGAGGACUUGCUGGGGCUCUUUGCAGUGGAUUUCACAGCGCACAGUGCUACUAAACCAUCUGCUUUUUUUCUUUUUCUUUUGCAGCACUCAGGAUAACACUGCCUGAAAGCUGCGAGGCCAGCGACCCAACGACUCUGCAAGCUCAGCCCUCUCCUGAUCUGUCAUUGAGAAGUAGUAAGAGUCAGGUUACAUGUCGUUAAGAGUCCUUGGUGCUACAACAAUGAAGAUCAGAAUCCUGUUAUGGUCUUUGUCCUUUAUGAAGAAGCUGUGUUGCCAAGACUUGCUGUGAAGAUGACCCACGCUACUGAAUGCAGUUAUCUGCAAAUGUAGGAGCCAACAAAUGCUAUGUCCCACCCUCCCUUGACUUUCCUCUUUCUCAUGGAAUAUAUAUUUCUAAAGUAUUUCUAGAUCUUUACUGAAGAUGUUUGGAUUAUAGCUAUGACCACAUCUAUGCAAAGGAGAUGAGCAAGCCUGAGCAAUGCUGAGAGUUCAUUUGCCUAUAGAGAAAUAUUCCUUCACACACCGAAAAUUGUGCUCAUCUUCUGGUGAUUUUAUGAGGACCAGGGAUGUCAGCACCAGCCCAGGAGGAGCCCUGCUGGGCAGCUGUGCUGUGAGGCACGUUGCUCUUGGCAGUGACUGGUUGAUUUUGUUCAGUGGAGGGACUGCUGUAUGUCAGCCAUGCUAAAGGGCAAGUGAUGGAGCUCUGAACCGAGUGCUUCAGCAGAUCAGAGUGCCACCUAAGAUGAAGAGAGGGACGAGCCUGCACAGCAGGCGGGGCAAGACGGAGCCUCCCAAAGGAAGUCCCCAGAUCAACAGGAGGUCUGCACAAGAUAUGCAAUCAGGUCGUCCCAGGUCGUCGUCCACUACAGAUGCUCCCACGAACUUGUCCGUGACGGAGAUUGCUUCUUCUGUCUGUGUAGGUGGAGAGGAGGCCACAGCAGCAAUUGAACGACUGGAAGUCAGCAGCCUAGCACAGACCUCCAGUGCAGUGGCCUCAAGCACUGAUGGCAGCAUCAAUGCAGACUCUGUCGAUGGCACCCCAGAUCCGCAGCGUACAAAAGCAGCCAUCACACACCUGCAGCAGAAGAUACUGAAACUGACCGAGCAGAUCAAAAUCGAACAAACGGCCCGUGAUGACAAUGUGGCAGAGUACCUGAAGCUAGCCAACAAUGCAGACAAGCAGCAGAGCGCCCGCAUUAAGCAGGUGUUUGAGAAGAAGAAUCAAAAGUCUGCCCAGACGAUCUUGCAGCUGCAGAAGAAGCUGGAACACUACCAUCGAAAGCUGCGAGAAAUCGAACAAAAUGGGAUCCCUCGGCAGCCAAAGGAUGUCUUCAGGGAUAUGCACCAGGGAUUGAAAGAUGUUGGAGCGAAAGUCACUGGAUUCAGUGAGGGAGUAGUGGAUAGUGUUAAAGGUGGGCUUUCCAGUUUCUCCCAAGCCACACAUUCAGCAGCAGGAGCUGUGGUUUCCAAACCCCGGGAGAUUGCCUCUCUCAUCAGGAACAAGUUUGGGAGUGCGGACAAUAUUGCUAAUCUGAAAGACUCCUUAGAAGAAGGCCAGGAAGAUGGGACAGGAGGCAAGGCUCUAGGUGUUAUCCAGAACUUUCAGUCAAGCCCAAAAUAUGGCAGUGAAGAGGACUGCUCCAGUGCUACGUCAGGCUCAGUGGGAGCCAACAGCACAACAGGGGGCCCUGUGGGAGCUUCCAGCUCCAAAACAAACACUCUGGAUAUGCAGAGCUCAGGGUUUGAUGCAAUACUACAUGAGAUUCAAGAAAUUCGAGAGACACAGGCAAGACUGGAAGAGUCAUUUGAGGAUCUUAAGGUUCGCUAUCAGAGGGAUUACUCAUUAAUAAUGCAGACUUUGCAGGAGGAACGGUACAGAUGUGAAAGACUCGAAGAGCAGCUAAAUGACCUGACUGAGCUCCAUCAGAAUGAGAUCCUGAAUCUGAAACAGGAGCUGGCCAGCAUGGAGGAGAAAAUUGCCUAUCAGUCUUAUGAGCGAGCCCGGGACAUCCAGGAGGCCCUGGAAGCGUGCCAGACCCGCAUCUCCAAGAUGGAGCUACAGCAGCAGCAGCAGCAGGUGGUGCAGCUGGAGGGUCUGGAGAAUGCCACGGCCAGGAACCUGCUGGGGAAGUUUAUCAACAUCCUCCUGGCUGUCAUGGCCGUCCUCCUUGUCUUUGUCUCCACUGUGGCCAACUGCGUCGUGCCCCUCAUGAAAACUCGCAAUAGGACGUUCAGCACUUUAUUCAUAGUGGUUUUAAUUGCCUUUUUGUGGAAGCACUGGGAUGCCAUCUCUGGCUACUUGGAACGGUUUUUGUCUCCCCCCAGAUGAUGCCAUGAGGAUUCGGCUGCAUCGCCCCCUCCCAGCACACUCGGUGAGCAAGCGUGGCAAAGAUUAGUCAGCAACUGCGCCGCUGAAGUUUUAAAGUGUCUGAGUGAAUUUGUUUACAUUUAGAAUAACGUUUUUUCUCUGCGAGAUGCAUUGCAAUAGUAUUUUUUAGAUUUUAUUCAAGAACUCUUUUUGGCGAGAAUCCCGGAUAAUUUUUAUGUAGCAUGGUUCUCUUUGGAUGCAAAUCUUAAGAUUCUUUAAAGUGUACAAAAUAAAUAAAAUACCGAAAUUUGGAGCAUACCAAUGGGCAACUUAAACUGUGGCUUGAACUACUGUACUAAACCUGUCAGGAAGAGGAAGAAUGUGAUUAACUUAAGAUGAGCAAAACUAAAUGUAGUGCACGCAGCCUUGAGGGAUGGUACCACAGCAAACCUGUAACACUAAACUUUUACUGUGAAGUCUGCUCACAUUCCAUGUCCAAAUGUGUGGGUUUGGAGUGGUUUCUUUACAAGACAACAAAACAACGUGUGGAUCUCUUUCCCGACUCAGCGUCGGGUUUGCCAUUCGUGCUGACCUGACUGAACAGUGACUUUCUAGAAGGCUGGUUAACUUUGCUAAGCGUAUGAAGUGGAAGCCUCGUGCCACAUACAGAAACUGCACAGUCGUGCUGCAGUAUUUUGAAGUAGUCCUUGAAACACUUACCUUUAAGCAAAGCCCUUGGUCGCACUUUUAAGGUUUUUUUUUAAUGUAUGUAUAUUCACAGAUUUAAAAAAAAUCCAAACAGCAUACUUGAAGAGUGUUAUACUCAAACUCUCAGUGCUUCCUUAUCGUUUCUAAUAGGAUUUUUUAUUAUUAUUAUUAUUAUUAUUAUUAUUAUUAUUAUUGGGUUGUUGGUUUUUGUUGUGUUUGUUUGUUUUUUUUUUAAAGGGGAUGGGAGGGUCAUUGCUUUUUUUUUUUUUUUUUUUUUUUCUUUCCUUUUAAAUAAAGAAGUGAUGUUUUUAAAUGAAGAAAUGCGUGAAUAAUUGUAAGCUGUCUUGUCCUGAAACAGUUUUGAGGAGGACAGACGGCAGUUUCUAGUGCCAGCCUGUCUGGAACACAGUGCUGUUCAUAUGCCAUUUCUGUCCUCCUGAGCACACAGAUGCAGCAUCAGGAAGAACAUCCAUAACAUCCAUCCUCUCCGCACUUUCUUGUCAGGCAGGUGUUUGUUUGUUUUUUUCUUUUUCCAGAUGUGAAAGAGAAUACAUGUAUAUUUCUUGCUUCAACAUCAUCUUUCAUUCCUGGCCUCGGGUUCAGAAUAGGGAAUUUCUUUGCAUACCUUCCUAGGCAACAUUCUUUUAAGAAAAGAAGUGCUGAAUCAACAGUCUGCUUCCAGGAAUGAUUGCCUCAGAAAUAUUCCUGAUUCAGUUUUUAAAUAAACUCCUAAAGAGUGAAACCAAAGUUUUCCUCCUGUCAGGCUCUAAUCAGAUCAUCUGUGUAGAGAUUAGUAGACUGUAUCUGUGUAGUGUGCCAUAGACAGCAUCCUCUUCUUGGUCUGUGAGGGCAAGCACUCGUGUAGGUGCACUGUCAGAGCCCUAAAGGAAAUGUCAGCUUCAGCGUACCCUCGCAGGCCCAGCAGUGCUGCUGUUGCUGACGGCUGUUGGCACUGGCAGGCAAGGCUGCAUGGCGAAGGAAUACGGAUUCACUCUGUUUUCUUUAAAGUUUGGUGCCCCUUUCUGGCGUUACAGUGUCAGCAUACAGCUUCCAUCUCCAUGAAAUGUUAACAGGCUCCAGGAGUCUUUCAGCACCGUUUGUGGUGGUUGCUCAGAUGUGCUGUUAUUCUUCCCUCCAGGUUUGUGUUCUCUCUAGGAACUAAAUGUUGCUCAGGUGACCUAGACCAGUUGAGAUCAUACAUACACAUACAUGGAACAUGUGCAUUAUAUAUACUGUACUUGUAUAUGUGUAUAUGUGUGUGUGUAUAUGUAUAUAUGUAUAUAUAUGUGUGUAUGUAUAUAUAUAUAUAUAUAUAUAUAUAUAUAUAAUAUAUGCCAUGCUGUGAUGCAAAUUCUGGCCUCUAGAAAUUCCCCUGAACUAGGUUAACUGGCUGCUGGCCGCUGUAAGCCCUCCACAGCUCACCCAGUCUUCGGAGAUUCUUUGUGUGUUUUCCAUACUCACAAAAAACUCAGGUACCCUUGCAGGGAUCCCAGCACGCCUGCCUUUGUCACUGUAUGCACUAAUCUGCUCCUGUCGUGCUUCAAGCGCAAAUUGCCAAUUGCAGUUCCUUAAGCCAAAAAGAAUCGUUCUUCUCACAGAGCAAAGGUUGCAUAACCGUUCCCCCUCUGGACAGGUCUUCUAGCUCGAGUGAAACUGCGUUCUGUUUACCAUCCUUAUCUGGCUGGUACAGAUUACAUGGAUAAUCAUCUUCUUCCGUUAGGUUUUGUCAGAAAUAACAGCAUGAAUAACAGUGAGAAAUAAUUUGGUACAUAACAGAAAAGCGUUGUUGCCUUUAUUUGUGGUUCCUGGCCUCUGCGCCUCUGUUUUCCUCCGUUUUGGUCACUCUAAAAGAGCUCACGGUAGGUUUUCCUGUGGUCAAAGCAGGAGGCAAUUGGAAGCCAAUGGAUUUGGAGGCUCAGUGCCGCUCAUCUGUAGUAUCUGAAGGCAGUGAUUGUCUUUCUUCUUUAUAUCCUGACUUCAUUUGGUGUCUCAACUGUGUCACGGUCAGUAAACGCCGUCUGCUGAUUUGCCAGGUGUAGGCUUGAUAGAAACUGAUCACCUCAAAACUGUGUGGCAAAGGCCACAGGUGUGUGGCUCUAGGCUGCGUCUGUCUGUGUCUCUUUCUCUCUCGACACCUUUUUUCCAUUCCAGAAAGUCAUCUGCAGUAAUGCCACAUAUGAUGCUGCAUCCACUUUUCUUAUCCUAAUAGGACUGCCGUGUGUUUUGCCUUUUGCGCUAGCAGAAUGUUUUGGGUUCCUCCCUCUUCGAUUUGAAGGUCGGUGAUGAUUUCUGAUAGGUUAACAAUGAUUAUAUUGUUGGAGAUGUGAUUCUAGCUUUAAGGCUCCCUUUCCCUGUAAGUGGUUGUGUUUGCUUUCUUGAUUAAGCAUUCCUGGAUGAUGCGUAGAAGAGUACGUGGUGUGGGUGUGCACGUGUGAGUACCUUUUGUGGGCCUCCUUAUGGACGUACACUAUUGUAGUGACCAUCUCUGAGUUGCACAAUGUUUUCCCCAACAUUUCCUAUUCAGAGUUGGAACAAUUCUGGAAUUAUUUGGACAUGUUUAGCGCAUAUCAGCUUGGGAUAUGAAAAGGGAAGAAUGCAAUGGACUGUGGUAGUUGGGGAAGCAGCAGCUCUUCAGAGAAAUUCUGAGGUUCGAGUGAAGCUCAUCUGUUUUUUCCUAUUUGUUUUCUCAAUGUAAAAAAAAAAAAAAAAACACAAAAAAGUCGUCUUGAUGCAAAAAAUGGCUGGUUUUGAUUUGAUGAAUUUCCCUUUCCUCUCAGCUUCAUUAGUUUAGUUUAAUGAUACUGAGCAUGCAGAUACAGCAAUGAUUUCAUUGGUUUAUUCCAGUCCUGUGAGUUUUAGGGUCUGAUCAGAUUAAUUAUUGAGUUCUGUACAUGUUGCACUGGGACAGAAAAACACUGUCUUUCAGCUUUGAGAAAUAUGCAUUUUUUUAAAUUAAACAAAAAGGCAGCAUUAUAACAAAAUAAGCCAAGCUACAAAAGGGGUCCGAGGUUGGGUAAUUCUGACAGUUUUUAAGUGAAUUCUGAAUGUGGCUAAAGAGUUACAGCCGUGUGUCUGUGUCGUGUGUGCCAGGUGGUGUAGUGGUAGGCAAUUGAUUUAGCUGUAAGUGUGUUUCAAAAGUGUAAAAAAUAAACUGAAAAACUCACUUGCACGGAUUGAAGAGUCCAGAGAUGACACAUGUGAACGUAACACUGUAGUUUGUAGAUCUUAAGCUGCUAAUCGUUGAGAGAGAUUUACAUUUGUCUUGUCUGAUUGUUGCAGAUUUAUCUGUGACACAUUUACUGUAUAUAAAAAAAAAGUAAAUAAAGACCUCAGCUAUUAA